AUGUCUAGUUCAUACCUGGAAAUACGUCGCGAAAGACUCUACGGGGAGGACAUAGCGCGCAGCGUUCGUCACCUGGAGAAGCUGCGCCUGAAACAGUCUCAGUUGCUGAGCAAUCUGGCUUUUUUACAACGCUGUCAUGACAAGGAGGUAGUACCGAAGUUUGCAGUCGUCAAACACCACAUCAGAAGCGCUGCAGUAAACAGAAUUUUACGAAAGACCAGCAAUGCUAUUGUGAAGGAGAGGAUACGUCAUACCAGGUAUGAACUAGACAGGAACACUCGCCUGUUAUUUAGUUGCCAUUUAUUUCUGGCCGAAGUCCUCUCACCAUUGGACUGGGAAUGGGUGGAUAUGACUUUGGCGGCACACCAACGAGCCAAUUUAAGCAGGACUACGGCGAAACAGGCCGAUAAAUUUGAGCGGCUUAACCGUGAUCAAGGAACUACUGGGUCCAACGGCAUUCACCGCACUGUUAUCAACUUCUCUGACAAGGAACUUGAUGAAGCUACCAUCUCGGCUCUCAGUAAAGGAUUGAACUUUGCCCCAGCUCCACUACAGAGGGCCUUCAAUUUGAUGCAGCAACUUCUGACAAAGCCAAGAAACAUGGUGCAGAUAUAUGAAAGAAUUGCUUACAAAAUUAACACACAAUCAAAAAAAAUGGCAAUCAGUUUUAAGAUCUAA